UAGCUGUCUGGGAACGACCUCUCGUGUCCAUAGCAACAGCAUUUUACGACAGUAGCAGGCCGUAUUCCAGGCGGCCGGUGUCGUGGGUUUUGCAGAAUCACCAUGGCGGCUGUUCUGAGAGAGACCGCGGGUCUGUAUGAAACCCUGAAAACCGAGUGGAACAAGAAGAGUCCGAACCUCAACAAGUGCGGAGAGAUCCUCACCAAGCUGAAGAUAUCUCUUUUGGAACUUAAUUUUUUGCCAACCACUGGGACCAAACUCACCAAACAGCAGCUGAUCUUGGCCCGAGAUGUGCUGGAGAUUGGCGCACUGUGGAGCAUCCUAAAGAAAGACAUCCCCUCUUUUGAACGAUACAUGGCUCAGCUGAAGUGUUACUAUUUUGAUUACAAGGAUGAAUUACCAGAGUCAGCGUACAUGCACCAGUUGCUGGGUCUCAACCUGCUCUUCCUGCUGUCCCAGAACAGAGUGUCUGAGUUUCACACAGAAUUGGAGAGACUCAGUGCUAAGGACAUUCAGACCAAUGUGUACAUUAGACAUCCAGUCUCAUUAGAGCAGUACUUGAUGGAAGGUAGUUACAACAAGGUCUUUCUUGCAAAAGGAAACAUUCCUGCUGAGAGCUACAAUUUCUUCAUAGACAUUCUUCUCGACACUAUCCGUGAUGAGAUUGCGGGCUGUAUAGAGAAGGCAUAUGAGCAGAUCCAGUUCAACGAGGCCACAAGGGUGCUUUUCUUCUCUUCACCGAAAAAGAUGACCGAAUAUGCUAAGAAAAGAGGCUGGACACAGAGCCCUGAUGGUUACUACUCCUUCAGCUCUCAGCAGCAGCGGACAGAGGAAGUGACCAUCCCUUCCACAGAGCUGGCCCAGCAAGUCAUUGAAUAUGCAAGACAGCUUGAGAUGAUUGUGUAGAGCAGGGACAGAUUCACCUCCUGUCCUGUAUAUGUACACAUAAUGAUUAAUUGGGCUAAUGCCACAUUUACCCCCGAAAGUGACAUUCAGACCACAGUGCUUUCACAAAGACAGGAUUAAUUUACCAAAAUGUGCGGCUGUCUAUACUUCUUAUAUCAGCAAUUACACUCUUGUGCCUGCAUGUUGACAGUUUUGGUUGGUCUGUGAGAGAGAGUGAUUGGUGUACAACGCGAAGUUUUCAAUAAAAGACUUGCAUCACAGAGGCACAGAUUUAUCACUGAGAAUUGGGUAAAGUAACACCACACCUUGGGUACCCAAGUUAUUGUCCACAUGUUGGUGUUUGUUUUGUUUGAAGACUUUUUUGUUUUAUUAUAUUAACUAGUGAAAGUAGGAGUGAAAGUGGGAGGGUGUGUGGGUCUGGCUGAUAUUUGCAGGGUUGAAUUUUGUCAGAAGCCAAAACCCCAUUUACCUGUCUAUUAGUGUUUGCAGAAUUACUGCACUUUCAGAAGCUCUGCCCGGUGUUGAGGGAAAAAGUUUGGGGGUGUUUUUUAAUUGAUAAUUUCUCGUAUCCAUUAAUGACUCCAGUUCAUAAAAAGGAGCUGUUUGGUUUUGUUAUUGUCACAAACAUUUGUGAUAAUUCUUAAGAAUAAAAAUGCUUUUUCUGACCUUAAACAAUUUGUAUUUUUUUUUUUAUGAAAUCCAGUUCUCACCGCAAGAUAAGAAGGAGUAAACACUCGUAAUAAAGCUAUGUAUCGGACAGAA